GGCUCUUUGAACCGGCUCGUUCGCGACCAACACAUCACUAGCAGGAGAAGCUGCCAAAAACAGCCCGCUGGAGCUGCAGAGUAGAGGAUGGCUAGCUGAAUAAGUUAUCCUAAAAUCAUAUUUCCUUCAGCCAGGCAUUGCUUGUUCUAAACAACCAUAAAGGUAUUCCCUGGACGGGUUUUCAGCAUUUCAUAUGUAACACACUCAAGAGGAUCCAUGUCUUUUCUUCGUUGGGUAUCUGAGAAACUGAGUGUGGAGAGCCUGCGGGAUUUGGAGUUGUUUGGAGAGCAAGCUCAGGGACUCUCUCACAGGAAAGCCCAUGAGGAGAGCCAGGAGAGUCUGACCUCCCUCCCACGUCGGGACACCAUGGGCAGCUUCCUCCCCGACAGCAGCUCCUACGAGCUCCUCACCGUUAUCGGCCGGGGCUUGGACGACUUGAUGACAGUGAACCUGGCUCGAUACAGACCCACUGGGGAGCACGUAGCCAUCCGACGGAUCGACUUGGAGCCGUGCACUAAUGACAUGGUUACCUACCUGCAGGGCGAACUACAUGUGUCAAAGUUGUUUCACCACCACAGUAUUGUGCCCUACAAGAGCGUCUUUAUAGCUGAGAAUGAACUGUGGGUCAUCACCCCCUUCAUGGCUUAUGGGUCGGCGAGAGAUCUGAUCUGCACACAUUUCGCUGACGGUAUGGCUGAGCUGACCAUCGCAUACAUUUUGCUGGGCAUGCUCAGAGCUCUUGAGUACAUCCACCACAUGGGAUAUGUGCACCGGAGUGUGAAGGCCAGCCACGUGUUGAUCUCAGCCGACGGACAGGUGUGCAUGUCAGGUCUACGGAGCAUCUUCAGUCUCAUCCGUCACGGCCAGAGGGCCAAAGUUGUCCACGACUUCCCCCAGUACAGCGUCAAGGUGCUGCCCUGGCUCAGCCCUGAGGUGCUGCAGCAGAACCUGGAGGGCUACGACUCGCGGUCAGACAUCUACAGCCUCGGCAUCACAGCCUGUGAACUGGCCAAUGGACACGUGCCCUUCAAAGACAUGCCAGCUACACAGAUGCUGCUGGAGAAGCUAAACGGGACGGUGCCGUGUCUACUGGACACCACCACUAUCCCCCCAGAGGAGCUGUCAAUGAAACCGUCUCGCUCUGGGGCUGACUCUGGCAUCUGCGAGGGUCCAGGAGCCGGCAGUGUUCGCCACUCCAACGGAGAGCCCUCGUCCUCAUCAGGAGGACACCCCUACAACCGGACGUUCUCCUCGCACUUCCACGCCUUUGUUGAGCUGUGUCUACAGCGAGACCCGGAAAAGAGACCGUCGGCCACCACUCUCGUAGGCCAUCCCUUCUUCAAACAGAUCAAACGCCGGCCCUCAGAGGCGCUGCCUGAGCUGUUGCGGCCCGUGUCGCCAAUCACCAGCUUUGAGAGCUCCCAGCGGCAGGACUCUCACUCCGGACUGGCUAGUCUGGAGUCGGGUCUCAGCCACCUGGAUGUGGACGACUGGGACUUCUGACGGUGGAGGACGAGGUGGGGAGACGCUCUGAUGGAAAACUCUCUGAGCAUACUGGACAAGAUUUGUUUUUGUAACGGUCCCCUUGUAAAUAAUUUAAAUCUAAAACUAAGCGGAGUUGCUGUUCUCAGACAGAGGUUAAAAGCCAGCAGCCAUCUUGCCUCUUUUUGAUCUCUGAUGCGCUUUUGUUCUCUACAUAUGAAGAUUCUUGCACUGCACUGAUGGCCUCUCUUUCUCUCUCUCUCGAUUUCACCCCCAAACGUUUACAGAUUUCACUCACACAUUACAACCCCCCCCUGGAGCCAAAACACAACAGGACUCCUCUCAGAGGAGGAUCUAUGGAUGUAGAUGUAACCUAAAGAUUCUCAUUAAAUGGAUCAGUGGGAAGCUGCUACUAAAUAUUCAGAGGGGACACUCUACCUCCCUGAACAUGGCCGCUUGAUGUGGCCCAUCUGCUCAGUGAGACGACCAUAAGGGUCCACACCGGUUCUCACAGCUCACUCAGCCCUCUGGACACCGGAUGAGUCAACUAAAUGAACAGCAUGUACGUGCAUUUCUUAGCUCUCUGCUUGUGUUACAGUGUAAACCACAUCCCAUGCUUUACACAUCACUUUUGUUGCACAGGGUUAAGCAUAGCAUCUGUUUAGUUUUAACCUUCAGAGCAUAGAAGUAUGUAUUUCCUUGAACUUACUCUGGGUGUGCUGUUACUUAUGUCAGAACGUUACAUUGGUGCUCGUUUUGUCUGCAUGAACGUUUGAAAGUGAGGGCAAAGUGUUGCAAAUGUCAAACUUGACUUUUAACAAUAAACGUUGUUCACUUUAA